GAGUGCUCUGAACUUUUAGUCUAAUUUUAACAUCAUUUCACAUGUUUGUUUCGCCACUGUAACGGCAGAUGGAUUCGUCUUUAGAGAGCUCCACUUCAUCGACCGGUAACCCGUUGCGCUGUCGGUGUCGGACCUGUAAGAUCAUUGUGAUUGGAGAUGCUGGUGUCGGGAAGACUUGCCUGACGUACCGCUUCUGCACCGGACAGUUUCCCAGCAGAACGGAGGCUACAAUCGGGGUGGAUUUCCGUGAGAAACUUCUUGAUUUAGAAGGCGAGAAAAUUAAAGUACAGCUGUGGGACACGGCUGGUCAGGAGCGUUUUCGUAAAAGCAUGGUGCAGCACUACUAUCGCAAUGUGCAUGGAAUUGUCUUAGUCUUCGAUGUCACUAACCCCACUAGUUUCUGCAAUAUUCCCAUGUGGAUGGAUGAAUGCCGUCAGCACUCUCUUGGACUGGAUAUACCCCGUGCUCUCGUUUGCAACAAGACCGAUCUGGUCACUUCGUCUACUGCUUCUGUGUUAAUCGAUCAGGCUCAACAUUUGGCCGAAGUCCACGGAAUGUCUUUUUAUAUUACUUCAGCCAAAGGUCACAAAGGGGACUCGGUGGACAGCAUCUUUGUGACAUUGGCACAGAGGUUGAAGAGCCAGAGACGGGAGAGUGUGAAUGAAGUGUUGUUACAGUGCAGAUCUGAGAGCUUCAAUAUCCCAGGAAAAGUCAUAACAGCGCAGGAGAGCAAGAAGAAAUGGACCUGCGUCUGCUGACAGAUUAAUGAUCAUUAUAGUUAUGUGCUUAUUUCAGUAUGUCCUCUAAAUAGGGAUAAAAAUAGCAGUAGGAACUUAAUAACAGAUCAAUGGUCUUGAAGGUAUGAAGACUGGUUUAAAUGCCAAUUGCUGUUUGGAUUUUUAUAGUCAUCUGACAUCUACUUCAGACAACAUUAUCUGUAAGAAGCAAUGCCUCAUAAUGAAACAAUCAGCAAGAAGAUGAGAUUUGAUUUAAUUUCCAGUUUCUUUGGAGCCUUGCUGCUGAUUUUGGUCCUUAAACUUUUGCAGACAACAGCCAGAGUAACUUCUUGUCAAGGAUUAUGUUGGACAUUAAUUGAGGUUGAUGGUUAUCAGUUUGCUCUUAAAUAACUUUCGUAGAUGCCCAAUUUUCAACCACUUUCAACACCUUUGCUUUAACCUGGAGUUAUGAGACUAAAGUGAACCUUUUUUCCUGACAGCUGAAUCUUCACUUGUAC